ACACUACCACUCCGAGUUUCACAAACGGUUACUUUUCAAAUUUCAAACGAGAGGAAAAAAAGCUAAAAGUUCCCUCUUUGCGAAUCUCAAAGAACCCUAAAACCUUUUCCGUGUUCGAGAUCCGGCUCCACUUCAAGAUCCGCCUUGUGCUUUCUACAUCGAACAUCAGAGUUAUUAUGUCUUUCACACCGGACGUCACAAGGAAAAGCGGAGUGGGAGUGAUCCCAUCACCAGCUCCGUUCUUCACUCCUCGUCCCGAGAGAAGACAACGACCUGACUCUUCUUCCUCCUUCUCUUCCCGUCUCGAAAGAGAUAAAGAGGUCAACGUUCAAGUCCUUCUACGUUGCAGACCUCUAAGCGAAGAGGAGCAGAGAUCAAACGUCCCUAGAGUCAUUUCCUGUAACGAGCUCAGAAAAGAAGUCACUGUUGCUAGUAAGCAAGUUGACCGUCUUUUCACUUUCGACAAGGUGUUUGGGCCUAAGGCGCAACAAAGAUCUAUAUAUGACCAGGCCAUUGCACCUAUUGUUCAUGAAGUGUUGGAAGGUUUUAGCUGCACUGUUUUUGCCUAUGGACAGACUGGAACCGGCAAGACUUACACUAUGGAAGGCGGCAUGCGUAAAAAGGGAGGAGAUUUACCUGCGGAGGCUGGGGUGAUUCCAAGAGCUGUUCGGCACAUAUUCGAAACCCUCGAGGCUCAAAAGGCUGAUUACAGCAUGAAAGUAACGUUUUUGGAGCUGUACAACGAAGAAGUCACAGACUUGUUAGCUCAAGAAGACUCCUCGAGAUCUUCUUCUUCAGAGGAUAAGCAGAAGAAGCCUGUUUCUCUGAUGGAGGACGGGAAGGGCUGUGUGGUGUUACGUGGGCUCGAGGAGGAAGUUGUGUACAGUGCUAACGAUAUAUACGCUCUUCUUGAACGAGGCUCGUCCAAGAGGCGCACGGCGGAUACGUUGCUGAAUAAACGAAGCAGUCGUUCUCAUUCGGUUUUUAGUAUCACGGUCCAUAUUAAGGAGGAGUCUAUGGGAGAUGAGGAGUUGAUCAAAUGUGGGAAGCUUAACCUUGUGGAUCUAGCGGGUUCCGAGAAUAUUUUAAGGUCAGGGUCAAGGGAUGGUAGGGCGAGAGAAGCUGGGGAGAUUAAUAAGAGCUUGCUUACACUGGGGCGUGUGAUUAAUGCGCUUGUGGAACAUUCUUCACAUAUACCAUACAGGGAUAGUAAGCUGACAAGGCUAUUACGAGACUCCCUAGGAGGGAAGACAAAGACUUGUAUCAUUGCUACAAUCUCACCAUCUGCUCAUUCUUUGGAAGAAACUUUAAGCACUUUGGAUUAUGCCUAUCGUGCUAAGAACAUUAAGAACAAACCCGAGGCAAACCAGAAGUUAUCCAAAGCUGUGUUGCUCAAAGACCUUUACUUGGAGCUAGAGAGAAUGAAAGAAGAUGUAAGAGCUGCAAGGGAUAGAAAUGGUAUUUACAUCGCACAGGAAAGAUAUGCACAAGAAGAGGCUGAAAAGAAGGCGAGAACUGAGAGGAUAGAACAGUUGGAGAAUGCUUUAAAUCUCAGUGAAACUGAAGCUUCCAAGUUCCGUGAGCUCUACGUGACUGAGAGAGAAAAGUUACUGGAUGUAGAAAGUGACCUUAAGGACUGCAAGAGAAACCUAGAUAAUACUAACAAGGAGUUGCAUGACCUUAAAGAGAAUUAUAUCCAAGUUAUCUCAAAGCUAAAGGAAAGGGAAGCCAUCAUCUCCAAAAUGAAAGCCUCGGAGUCUACUUUGAUCGACCGUGCAAAGGGGCUACGUUCUGAUUUGCAGCAUGCGUCAAAUGAUAUAAGUUCGCUGUUCACGAGAUUAGAUCAAAAGGACAAGCUGGAAUCCGAAAACCAGAGCAUGCUUCUGAAAUUUGGCUCACAGCUUGAUCAAAACCUUAAAGAAUUGCACAGAACAGUACUUGGAUCAGUGUCUCAGCAACAGCAGCAAUUAAGAACUAUGGAAGAACAUAGUCAUUCAUUUCUCGCUCACAAAUAUGAUGCAACACGUGAUCUGGAAUCAAGAAUUGGCAAAACAGCAGAUACUUAUACUUCAGGAGUAGCAGCAUUGAAGGAACUCUCUACAAUGGUUCAGAAGAAAGCUUCCUUUGAUUUGGAGAACAUGAACUCCUCCAUAGGGUCACAAAUAGAGGCUGUUGAACAAUUGCUCACUGCAUCAGCAACAGAGGCUGCUAAAGUCGCUGAGGACAUCCGGGAUUCACUUAAUGAUCAGAAGGAGCUCUUAGCUCUUGCUGCAAGACAACAAGAGCAGGGCUUGGUCAGAAGCAUGAGAUCUGCGCAAGAGAUUUCCAACACGACUUCAACAAUUUUCAGUAGCAUCUACAACCAAGCUCACAGCAUGAUGGAAGCCGUUAGAGAAAGCCAAGCAGAGAAAUCAAGACAGCUUGCUGCCUUUGAAAUGAAGUUUAAGGAAGAGGCUGAAAGAGAGGAGAAACAAGCAUUACAUGACAUUAGUCUGAUAUUGUCGAAGUUAACUUCAAAGAAAAGUGUCAUGGUCUCUGAUGCGUCACGCAAUAUCCGGGAACACGACGUACAUGAAGAGAAGAGGUUGCAGGAACAAAUGUCUUGUAUGCAGCAAGUCUUCAUUGGCGGAAAGAAGGAACUGUGUGACUAUCUAAAGAAAGCUAAAACCGAGUUCACGGAAAACACAGUAGCUUCAGCAGAGUCUAUCACAGUCAUGGACCAUUACCUUGAAGAUUGCUUGGGAAGGGCCAAUGAGUCUAGAAAACUGUGGGAAACCACUGAAAAAGGCGUAAAGAACCUUAACACGAAGUACCAACAAGAACUCAAAGUCACAAUGGGGGACAUGGCGAAAGAAAACGACAAGAUGCACGAUGAGUUUGCAUCUACAUUCUCCACAUUGGAUGCUAACUUUGUCACUAGGACUAAUGAACUUCACGCAGCUGUUAAUGACUCGUUGAUGCAAGACCGCGAGAACAAAGAAGCAACGGAUGCUAUAGUGGAGACUUCCAUGAAGCAGGUCACGUUAUUGCAAGAGAAGCAUGGACAAGCUGUAUCAAACAUUAGAGACAAAGCGGAACAGUCUCUCAUAAAAGACUAUCAGGUCGAUCAGCGCAAGAACGAGACGCCAAAGAAACUACCUAUAAUUGUGCCGAGCUUGGCGUCCAUUGAGGAGAUGAGGACUUCGUUUUCGAAGAAUAUUCUCAGUGAAGAUGACACAAGUAUGGAGAAGCGAUCAACUAAGCCGGGACAAGACGAAGCUAACAACAGAACUCCAUUCUUGGAAGUAAACAUAUGAACGGAUUAGACAAAAAGAGUUGCCCGUUUUGGCAGUUGAGUUCAUCAACUGGAUGAGUAGAGUAAGGCUGUAACUGGAUUGCAUUUUUAUGAAUGGAAUCAUGUGGAAUUAGUCAUU